AUGGCUGCUAAGCAAGGACUGCCCACGUUGGCCCUGCGGGUCCUGGAAGAAGCGUUGGGCACGGGCUUGACCGCUGCUCGGGACACCGCGGAGGCGGUGGCCGCCGAGGGCGCCUACUACCUGGAGCAGGUCACUGUAACUGAGGCAUCUGAAGAUGAUUAUGAAUAUGAAGAGAUACCAGAUGACAAUUUUAGCAUUCCAGAAGGUGAAGAAGAUCUGGCAAAAGCAAUUCAGAUGGUCCAAGAACAGGCUACAGAUACUCAGAUUUUGGUGAGAAUUUUGAACACAACCUAUAGUUUGUGUAGUUUGAACACAGCCUGUAGCUUAGCAGUGAGGUAUGAGUUAAUACAGAAGGGACUAACUGAACUUAGAGAUCUUGGGAAUGUUCCAGAUGUCUACACCCAGAAUAUGCUUUUAGAAAAUGAGAACAAAAAUUUGAAGAAAGACUUGAAACACUACAAACAGGCAGCUGACAAGGCUAGAGAAGACCUGCUGAAAACUCAAAAAGAACGUGAUUUUCAUCGAAUGCACCACAAGCGAAUAGUCCAGGAAAAAAACAAGUUAAUUAAUGACCUCAAAGGGUUGAAGUUACAUUAUGCAUCUUAUGAACCAACUAUAAGGGUGUUACAUGAGAAGCACCACACUUUACUGAAGCAGAAAAUGCUGACCUCUCUGGAAAGAGACAGAGCAGUUGGGCAGAUUUCUGGGCUUCAAGCAACAUUGAAGAAUAUGGAAAUAGGGCAUAAUUACCAUGCUUCUGAAAUUAGAGUUGUUCCUAACCGUGAAAAAGAAAAUGCACUGGAAGGUCCUACUCAGAAAGGUCUUCGUGAAGCCAGGGAGAAAAACAAAAGUAACACAAAGAUAAAAGAUAAUACAAAGGAUUCAGAAUUUCCCACAGAUAUGCAACCAAAUCCAAACCUGUAUUUAUAUAAAGAAAAUAUUUGUCCAGCAAAAGUUGACUACAAGCUGAAUAACAUUUUUAGACUUCAUGAACUUCCAGUGAGCUGCAUCAUCAUGCACCCCUGCAAAGACAUCCUAAUCUCCUGUGGGGAGGACCGCCUCUGGAAGGUGGUGGGACUACCCAAAGGCAACGUGCUUCUCACAGGAUUUGGCCACACUGACUGGCUUUCUGACUGUUGCUUCCAUCCCAGUGGCAACAAGUUGGCUACUUCAAGUGGUGACACUACAGUUAAAUUAUGGGACCUGUCUAAAGGCAAUUGCAUUUUGACCUUUGAAGGACACAACCAUGCAGUAUGGUCCUGCACAUGGCACUCCUAUGGUGAUUUUGUGGCUUCUUCCUCAUUGGAUACAACUAGUAAAAUCUGGGAUGUUAAUAGUGAAAGAUGCAGAUGCACUUUGUACGGACAUGUGGAUUCUGUGAACAGCAUUGAGUUUUUUCCUGGUUCCAACACUCUUCUCACAGGUUCUGCAGAUAAGACCCUGUCUGUAUGGGAUGCAAGAACAGGUAACUGUGAGCAAUCACUUUAUGGUCAUAUGCAUUCUGUCAAUGAUGCCACCUUCUCUCCUAGGGGUCAUAUGAUAGCAUCCUGUGAUGCCUGUGGAGUAAUAAAACUAUGGGACUUUCGGAAGCUCUUACCAAUUGUAUCCAUUGAUGUAGGUCCAAGUCCUGGCAAUGAAGUGAACUUUGAUUCAUCAGGUCGAGUUUUAGCUCAGGCGAGUGGCAAUGGGGUUAUCCAUUUGCUGGAUCUUAAAUCAGGGCAGAUUCACAAAUUGAUGGGCCACGAGAGUGAGGCUCACACAGUCGUGUUUUCUCAUGACGGAGAGUAUUUGUUUUCCGGAGGUUCUGACGGCACCGUUCGAACGUGGUCUUGA